AUGUCCGAUCCUACCGAAAAUGGGAAGAACGUUGAGGAGAAGAAUGGCGGUAAUGAGGAUGUCCCCACAAACUCUUCGGCCAUUGUUCCAGACACUCACGCUGAGCUAAUAAAGAAGAUUCAAGAACUUCAGUUGGCCAUGAGUGGAAAUCGGGAUUUCAGUGAAGCCAAGCAUCAUAAUUAUGCUUUUUGGGGAACCCAGCCUGUUCCGAAACUAGGUAUCCCAGUUUAUAUAUUGUGAAUCUUAAAACGGAGGUCUGGUGUUGAUGCAUUUUUUCAGAAGAAAAUGUGACCGAAAACACUUACAUCGAAGCCCCGAUCCCACUUGAUAAAAUCCGUAAGGAGCCUUAUACACUUCCAACCGGCUUUUCAUGGUGCAAUGUUGAUCUCCUAAACGAUGAUGAGUUGACUGAACUCUAUAAAUUACUGAGCGAUAAUUAUGUUGAAGAUGAUGAGAGCCUUUUCCGGUUUGAUUACAGUAAAGAGUUCUUUAAAUGGUAAGCUAAAGUUAUCGUUCAACUUCGGCUUUUAGGGCUUUGUUACCGCCGGGAUGGAAAUCUGAAUGGCACUGCGGAGUCCGAGCCAGCAAGACCAACAAGCUUUUAGCUUUCAUUGCAGCCGUUCCAUGCAAGAUCAAGGUCCGAGAUGCUGAGAUUGAUAUGGUGGAGAUCAAUUUCCUUUGCGUUCAUAAAAAUUUACGUUCCAAAAGACUCACCCCUGUUCUAGUCAAGGAAAUUACAAGACGGGUCAACCUCACUGGGAUUUUCCAGGCGGCUUACACCGCUGGAGUUAUUCUACCCAAGCCUAUCACCACUUCGAGGUACUGGCAUCGGUCUUUAAAUCCCAAGAAGCUGAUUGAAUGUCGUUUCUCUUGCCUAGGAAGGAACAUGACUAUGCAACGGACCAUAAAAUAUUAUAAACUCCGAAAUGUAAGCGAGCUCUAUAAAACUAUGUAUUUUAGGAACCCGUUCACAAGGUUAUAAGACUAGAAAAACGACAUCUCAAAGGCGCAUACCAAUUACUUACUAACUACCUCAGCAAGUUUUUGCUCCAUCCAGUGUUUUCCAAAAAGGAAUUUGAUCAUUAUUUCCUUCCCCGCGAUCAAGUAAUUUAUUCGUAUGUAAUUGAGAAGGAUAACGUAGUCACUGAUUUUAUUUCCUUCUAUUCGUUGCCAUCUACUGUGGUCAAUAACUCCCAACACAAGAAGAUUGUGGCUGCCUAUUCCUUCUACAAUGUCGCCACCUCUGUGUCCUUGACCGAACUCAUGGGAGACGCCCUCAUCUGCGCUCACCAGGUAAAACUGACUUUAUAUUUAAAUGGUGUUUUGUUCAGGACGGUUUUGAUGUAUUCAAUGCCCUUGAUCUGAUGGACAACAAAGUUUUCCUUUCUGAUUUGAAAUUCGGAAUUGGUGACGGCAAUCUGCAGUACUACUUGUACAACUGGAAAUCUCCAGAAAUGUCACCAGAAGAGGUCGGACUUGUCUUACAGUGAUCUUUGCUUUCAGUUGGAUUAGUAUUUCGUUAAACGUUUGCUAAUAGCUGUUUAAAUAAAUUCCCUUAUUUAGAGCUGUGCUAUAAUGUUAAUUGAUAUUAUCUGGCGUUUCUCAUUCCCCGAAACUAUGUACUUUGCAACAUAA